AUGCCUUCUUUCACGACCAUCGUCGCUGCCAUCGCUGGAUGCUCCGCCAUUGUCAAUGGCGCUGCCAUCCCUACCGAGAGCACUGGUCUCCAGACUACCACUCUCCAUCGCCGACAGGUCACCAAGGAGCAUCACCUGAGCAAGCGUGAGCCCGUCACUGCGGCUAUCCUGACUGCGGCUGGUACCGCAGCAGUCACCGCCGUCGUCACCCAGGCUGUCAAUGCCGCCGUCUCUUUCAUCGGCGACAUCUCCAACUUCGAUGCCGGUCGUGAGGCAUUCACUGUCCAGACCACCGAGGCCAUGAUGGCCAACAACCCCGACCCUGCACGUUUCCAAGCUGCUGCUUGCUACAACCAGGGCUUCACCGUCGCUGACCCCGCCAACAUCGACGGCCAGUCCUCCGUCGAGUUCAAACUCGGCCUUCUCAACACCGACUACGAGUGCAUGUACAUUGCUGCCCCCAACCAGUUCUUCACCGAGGGUGACGGUGGCUUGAUCAACCUUUCCUUCACCCACACCGACCGAUGCACUUUCGAUCCCGAGACUGCUGAUCUCACUUUGUCUAACAACAAGAUCGUUCCUCUCACAAUUAUCAAGGGCGCUGGCCAUGAGCACAUCCCUAUCCCCGAGGGAGAGUGCGCAAUCAUUGCCGACUUUCACUCUGUCAAGUCGCAGAGCGCACACUCCACUCCUUACUUGACAACCGGCUUCUACAGAGUUGUCCCUGGACCUACACGAUACGGCGAGUACGACUACGAGGAGACCAAAUAUGUCCUCAAGGGCCAAAUCGACAUUACCGAUGAAGCCACUGGAAAGACACAUCACCUUGUUGCCGGUGACUGGGCCUUCUUCCAUGUUGGAUCCAAAGCUCAGUUCUCAACCAAGACUGAAGGUGUCGCAUUCUACGCUGUCACCCGACCAAUGAACGAUGGCCACCCUAAUCUUGUUGGCCGCGAGGAGAGCACCUCCAAGUUGUAA